UUUUUUAAUCUUUAGAAGUGUUUGGUUAUGUAAAAUAUUAUUAUUAUUAUUAUUAUUUUUGAGACUGGGUUUUGCUCUGUCACCCAGGCAGGAGUGCAGUGGCUCGAUCACAGCUCACUGCAGCCUCAACCUCCUGGGCUUCAAGCAAUCCUCCUGCCUCAGCCUCCCAAGUAGCUGGGAUCACAGAUGUGUGCCACCACGCCUGGCCAAUGUUAAAAAAUCCUUUAACAUUUUGUAGAGAUGCACUCCUGGACUCAAGCGAUCCUCCUACUGGUCCCGACCACCAGCCUCUUUCUGAUAAACAUUUACACUGUUUAUUAUCUGAUGCCAUUUCUAUCUUCUUCCUUGUCGUCCAGACAUCAAAGAAGUAGGUUUCUUCAGGGUUUUCUUUUUCAAGUCCUCAUUGUUAAAGAUCACUCACAUUAGGGCCAGACACCACGACUCAUGCCUGUAAUCCCAGCACUUUGGGAGGCCAAGGCGGGCAGAGCACUUGAGGUGGGGAGUUUGAGACCAGCCCGGCCAACUUGGUGAAACCCCACCUCUACUGAAAAACAUACAAAAAUUAGCUGGGCGUGAUGGUGCAUGCCUGUAGUCCCAGCCACUUGGGAGGCUGAGGCAUGAGAAUCGCUUGAACCCAGGAGGCAGAGGUUGUAGUGAGCCAAGAUCACAUCAGCACACUCUAGCCUGGGUGACAGAGCGAGACUCUGACUCAAAAAAUAAAUAAAAUAAAUAUCACUUACAUUAGAUAUACCCAAGGGGUGUUCUAUAGAGAGUUGGAAGCAGUGGUUAUUGCAACAGGGGCACGGAAGUCAUCUGGCUAUGCCAGGAUGCCCAGGGGAUACUCGGGGUGGAUGGCAUAGUGGUGCUGGGGACUCACCGCACAGGACGCUCUGAUCGACGCACUGCCAGGAGUAGCGCUCUGUCUUGGGGCUGCAGCCGGCCUCCUCAGCUCGAGUGUAACAACAGUCGUGGCCGUGGCAGCACCUGCGGAUGUCACAUGGGCAGGACAGCAGGUGGGUGAAGCUCUCUCCUGGCCCUCCUCUCUUGCCAGGACCAUGGGUGACUGAAGACCCCCAGGGAGGCACAGCAUCCUCUUAUCUAAGUUUUUUUUGUUUUUUUUUAAGAGACAGGGUCUUUCUCUGUCGCCCAGGCUGGACUGCAGAGGCACAAUCAUAGUUCACAGCAGCCUUGAACUCCUGGGCUCAAGCGAUCCUCCCACUUCAGUGUCCCAAGUAGCUGAGACUACAGGCACACGCCAGCAUGCCCGGCUGGUUUUUUAAUUUGUAUUUCCUUUGAGACAGCGUAUCUCUCUGUCGCUCAGGCUGGAGUGCAAUGGCUCAAUCAGCUCACUUUAGCCUUGAACUCCCGGGCUCAAGUGAUACUGCCACCUCAACCUCCCAAGUAUGCUACUACAGGAACACAAACUCCUUUUUUAAAUUUUUUGUGGAUAUGGGGGGUCUCACUAUGUUGCCUAGGCUGGUCUCGAACUCCCAGGCUCAAGCAGUCCUCCUACCUCAGCCUCCCCAAAUGCUGGGAUUACAGGUGGGAGCUACUGUAUGCCUGGCCUUAUCUAAGCUGUUUCCCUGAAAAUCCCCGACUUGGGUAAUGAUUCCAUUGGCCCCACCAUGCCCUGUCCUGCCUUCCUGGCUGUGCCCAAGCUUGGUCCCUGCCUGCCUGCCUGCCUCACUCUCUGGGUCUCGAGCUUCUGUGACACAUGACUCCUCUCUCUUCCUGGAGUGAUCCAAGCCCUGCCACUUCCUGACUUUGCCCACACUGUACCCUCUGCCUGGGGCAACUUCAUGUCUGCCCAUUGUCCCUUAGGCCUCAGCCCAGGCACAAGCCCCUGCCUCCGGAGGUCAUCCAGGCCUCACCAGGCUACACCCUCUGGUAAAAUUGGAUUCCCUCCCUUCAGGGCAGGUUUAUAAUGAAAUCCUCCUCAGAGGCCAGGUGCGGUGACACCCAUCUGUAAUCCCAGCACUUUGGGAGGCUGAGGUGGGAGGAUCACUUGAGGCCAGGGGGUCGAGACCAGCCUGGGCAACAUAAGAGAGACUCUUGUCUCUAUAACAAAUUUAAAAAUUAGCUCACCAGGCCAGGCUCAGUGGCUCAUGCCUGUAAUCCCAACACUUUGAGAGGCCGAGGCAGGUGGAUCACGAGGUCAGGAGUUCGAGAGCAGCCUGAUCAACACGGCGAAACCCUGUCUCUACUAAAAAUACAAAAUUAGCCAGGCAUGGUGGCACGCACCUGUAAUCCCAGCUACUCGGGAGGCUGAGGUAGGAGAAUUGCUUGAACCCAGGAGGUGGAGGUUGUGGUGAGCCAAGAUCAUGCCAUUGCAGUCCAGCCUGAGCAACAGAGCAAGACUCUGUCUCGAGACAAUAAAAACACACAAAAAAUUAACUCGCCAUGAUGGCACAUGCCUAUAGUCCUAGCUACUUGGGAGGCUGAGGUGGGAGGAUUCCCUUCAGCCCAGGAGUUUGAGGCUGCAGUGAGCCACUAUGAUUGUGCCACUGCACUCUAACCUGGGCAAAAGCGAGACCCCAGGCUAGAGUGCAUGAUUUUGGGUCACUGCAACCUCCACCUCCCAGGUUCAAGUGAUUCUCCUGCCUCAGCCUCUUGAGUAGCUGGGACUACAGGCAUGUGCCACCACGCCUGGGUAAUUUUUGUAUUUUUAGUAGAGACAGGGUUUAGUAGAGACCAUGGUGAAACCCCGUCUCUAUAAAACAAAUCUCUACUAACCCCAUCUCUACAAAAAACAGCUGGGCGUGGUAGUGCACACCUGUAAUUCCAGCUACUUGGGAGGCUGAGGCACGAGAAUCAUUUGCAUCUUGGAGGCAGAGUUUGCAGUGAGCUGACAUCGCACCACUGCACUCCAGCUGGGAUGACAGAGCAAGACCCUGUCUCAAAAAUAAGAAAAAGGAACAAACAACAGCAACGACAACAAAAAAACCUCUGUGUCAAUCACAGCCUUCAAGCUAGGGGAGAGGCGGCCGAAUUCUGCCCUCUGCUAACUAACUAUAGCUUUGUGGAAAUGGGUGAGUGGCGUGCCCUUUUGAGCCUCAGGGCCCCAUCUGUAAAAUGGGCAUAACCGUCAUGCCCGUCUUUAAGAACAGCCUUGGGGGUAAAUGAGUGGAACUCAUGGAAAGAUCUCAGCCCACAACCUUCCACAGAACAGGCGCUUCUCACACAGUAAGUAGCAGGAGUGCAGAGGCUGCAGGCAUGAAUCCAGCCAGACUGCCUGGGUUCAAGUCCCAGCUCCCACGUCUUGGUAACUAUGUGGCCUCAGACAAGUUACUUAAUAUUUCUUUGUUUUUUCUUUUCAGAAGGAGUUUUGCUCUGUCACCCAGGUUGGAGUGCAGUGGUGUGAUCUCGGCUCAUUGCAACCUCUGCCUCCCGGGUUCAAGCAAUUCUCCUGCCUCAGCUUCCUGAGUAGCUGGAAUUACAGGCACCUGCCACCACACAAAGCUAAUUUUUGUAUUUUUAGUAGAGACGGGGUUUCACCAUGUUGGCCAGGAUGAUCUCGAACUCCUAACCUCGUGAUCCGCCUGCCUCAGCCUCCCAAAGUGCUGGGAUUACAGGCGUGAGCCACCAUGCCCAGCCAAAUCUAGGGCCAGAACGUGGCUGCAGCAUAUAAAAAGAAUUGAAUUCCAUACUUUUGUUAACCCUGUUUUUUGUUUGUUUGUAGUUGUUGCUGUUUUUGAGACAGAGUCUCGCUCUGUCGCCUAGGCUGGAGUGCAGUGGUGCAAUCUCGGCUCACUGCAGACUCUGCCUCCCGGGUUCAAACUAUUCUCCUGCCUCAGCCUCCCAAGUAGGUGGGACUACAGGUGCCCACCACCACACCCGGCUAAUUUUUGUGUUUUAUUAGAGACAGGGUUUCACCAUAUUGGCCAGGCUGGUCUGGAACUCCUGACCUUGUGAUCCGCCCACCUCGGCCUCCCAAAGUGCUGGGAUUACAGGCGUGAGCCACCACACCCAGCCCCUCUUUUGUUUUUGUUUUGCUUGCUUCUUAGGGUUGUUUUUCUAUUUAUGGUAAAGGCAUUGGCUUUCCAUUUGUAGCAUCAAUAGAAUAUUUCCUGUUUACAAUAACCUUAUGUCAUAGUAAAUGGUAAAGGGAUUUAAAGCAGUGGUUUUCAGCUGCCAGAGGCCUGAGAGAGUUUGGGCAUACUCUGUGUGAUCGGGCAGAAGACCUGUGGGAAGUUUAGCAGAGGACAGGGCCAGGAAAGGUGAUGGACAGUGGGGGUCUGUCCUGGUCACCAGGCCCCUGGGUCCUGCCCACCUGCUUGGAGCUCCCCACCCAUCACACAUGAUGCUGCCAAGCCCUCUGGGUAUUGUGGGCAAAUACCUUAGGAGAGAAGCUGAUGAACUUUGUUUCUUGAAAUGCACAGAUUCCUUGGACAUCCCUGAGAGGUCAAUCAUGAAAGUCAACUUGGUUUUCUCCCCCUCAUUUGGGUUCAGAAUUUAAAGUCCACACACACAGGCAGUAAGAUGAUAUAGAUAAGGACAUCAUCACUCGGUUUCAGAUGUUAAAAUGUCUAGGUGGGUUAGGGGUGAUUUGCGAUCACACAACCUUGUGGCACAAAGAGGAAUUCCCAGGCCAGAGGGAGACAUUUUAUUGCCAUGUUAUGAUCUUAUCAUUGAGUUGAAAGGCAAUCUUGUUUCAUUUUGGAUUCUUUCUUAUGUUUAUGUCUUCUAAGGGCACUUUGAAUUUCCAAGCAAAUAAUAAUUUUGAAUUAGCUUUUAAUCAUUGACUUCUAGCACAGUUAUAUGAUCAGAAACAUGCUGUGUGAUUUGAUUGCUCUCAAAUAUAUUGAGAUUUGCUGGAACAAAAUAAGUCAGGUUAAUUUUUGUAAAUGUACCAUGCAUGCUUAAAAUGAAUGUAUCUACAUUUGUUCCUGAGAUACAGGUUGAUGGACGGAUGGCUACAUGGAUGUGAUGGAGAUGGUUUACUAUCGGGACCUUCCGCAUCCUGCUGAUGUUUUGUUGCUUAGGAUAUGAAUGGCUGAGCGGAGGCUGUAAAACCUGGCACCCUGCUUGGGUAUGAGGUUCUUCCUGCCAUCCUGCCAUCAUUUGUUUUUUAUGUUUUGUCGCCAAAAGUGACCUUGAGGAACCCUGGGAGCUCAGGAAGGAAGGAGCGCCCAGAAGCAGGGACAGGGAGCUGGUUGGGGAGGACCAGAAAUCAGGUUUGUGAAGGUUCCAGAGAGGACCUGUCCUUGCGAGGAGUGUGGGAGACUGAGAUGGGGGAGGGGUCAUUGGAAUGAUGCGGGCGCUACUUGGCGUUGUCCAUUGUGAGGCACCACCGGGGUCAUCAGGGAUUGGUGGAGAGGGAGUAUAAAGCCCCAGGGUUGCCAAGGGAGGGCCCAGACCGAAGAAGGUUUGGUGGAUAGCAGAACCUUUUUGUCUCCCUCUAAUUGCUCCUAAGCCUCACGCUCCCUUGCCCCGCGUGUCCUGUUGCUUCCCUGAUCUUCUCCGUGACCUGUAGCUAAACCUUCCACCAGCGCUUGAGAACUUAAUUUGAACCGGAUCCUUUCCCAGACCCCUUUCUUCUUCUCCUCGUCCUCCUCCUCCACCUCCUCCAGGUGCCCAACAGCCCCCUUCUCCUCCUUUCCCUUCCCUUACUUCCCCCCUUCCCCUCCCCUUCCCCUCCCCCUCCCCUCCCCCUCCCCAACUAAGAUCCGGCCCCGGUCCCCGUCCCCUUCCCUCCCCCCUGCCCUAAGCCACCUCCACCUCUGUCCUGGCCGCCUCAGGGCGCCCUGAAAGGACCAGGACAUGCGGCUGCGGCUGCGGUGGUGGCUCCUCUUUUGGCUCCUGCUGGGAUUUAUCAGCCAUCAUCCCACCCCUGUUAUCAAUACUCUGGCUGUCUAUCGUCAUCGUGAGACUGACUUUUGUGGAGGAGUUCGAGACCACCCUGGCCAACAUGGCAAAACCCCAUCUCCACAAAAAUUGGAUAAUUUGAUAAUUAUCAUUAUUGGGUUUCUGAGACCUUACACAUUUACCAUUCUCUUCUGCACAAAUUACCUUUGUUUGUCUUUCCUGAAGACUAUCUUCCAGUCUGAAAAUGGACAUGAUGGAUCCACAGAUGUACAGCAGAGAGCCUGGAGGUCCAACCGCCGUAGACAGGAAGGAAAUAAAAUUGGCCUGAAAGACGUCAUUACUCUACGGAGACAUGUGAAAACAAAAGUUAGAGUUAAAAUCCAUAAGAUGAAGGUGACAACGAAAAUCAACCAUCAUGACAAAAUCAAUGGAAAGAGGAAGACCGCCAGAAAACAGAAAAUGUUUCAACGUGCGCAAGAGUUGCGGUGGCGGGCAGAGGACUACCACAAAUGCAAAAUCCCCCCUUCUGCAAGAAAGCCUCUUUGCAACUGGGUCAGAAUGGCGGCAGCGGAGCAUCGUCAUUCUUCAGGAUUGCCCCACUGGCCCUACCUCACAGCUGAAACUUUAAAAAACAGGAUGGGCCACCAGCCACCUCCUCCAACUCAACAACGUUCUAGAACUCAAAACUCCCUGAGCCUCAAGACACCUCCCGAGUGUCCGCUCCAUCCCCUUCCACCCUCAGCGGAUGAUAAUCUCAAGACGCCUCCCCAGUGUCUCCUCACUCCUCUUCCACCCUCAGCUCCACCCUCAGCUCCACCCUCAGCGGAUGAUAAUCUCAACACACCUGCCGAGUGUCUGCUGUAUCCCCCUCCACCCUCAGCGGAUGAUAAUCUCAAGACACCUCCCGAGUGUCUCAUCACUCCCCUUCCACCCUCAGCUCCACCCUCAGCUCCACCCUCAGCAGAUGAUAAUCUCAACACGCCUGCCGAGUGUCUGCUGUAUCCCCCUCCACCCUCAGCGGGUGAUAAUCUCAAGACACCUCCCGAGUGUCUCAUCACUCCCCUUCCACCCUCACCUCCACCCUCAGCUCCACCCUCACCUCCACCCUCACCUCCACCCUCACCUCCACCCUCAGCUCCACCCUCACCUCCACCCUCAGCUCCACCCUCACCUCCACCCUCACCUCCACCCUCAGCUCCACCCUCACCUCCACCCUCACCUCCACCCUCAGCUCCACCCUCAGCUCCACCCUCAGCUCCACCCUCACCUCCACCCUCAGCUCCACCCUCAGCGGAUGAUAAUCUCAAGACACCUCCCUUAGCUACUCAGGAGGCUGAGGCAGAAAAACCACCCAAACCCAAGAGGCCGAGGGCCGAUGACGUGGACCCAUCAUCACCCGAACCCAAGAGGCGGAGGGCCGAUGACGUUGACCCAUCAUCAUCCAAACCCAAGAGGCGGGGGGCCGAUGACGUGGACCCAUCAUCAUGCAAACCCAAGAGGUGGAGGGCCGAUGACGUGGACCCAUCAUCAUCCAAACCCAAGAGGCGGAGGGCCGAUGACGUGGACCCAUCAUCAUCCAAACCCAAGAGGCGGAGGGCCGAUGACGUGGACCCAUCAUCAUCCAAACCCAAGAGGCGGAGGGCCGAUGACGUGGAACCGUCAUCACGCAAACCCAAGAGGCGGAGGUUGAGUUAGCUGAGAACAGGCCAUUGCACUCAAGCCUGAGCAAUAAGAAUAAAAUUGAGUAGAACAAAAUAAAAAAAUCAAAAAACAAAACAAAACCCACACUCCAAAAACAGACUAACUAACAAAGAAUAAAUAAAUAAUAUAAAAAUAAAA